AUGAAAUCUGUUUAUAAUCCCUUACUGAUCCUGUCGCUGGUCGUAAUUACUCUCUCCACCAAUGUCGGCGGUAGGCCCGUACAAAAGCCUAUGCCAGCUCCGCACCAUUCAUCACCGCCAGUUGAGGAGAAACCACCCGUUGAUGUGAAACCACCUUCCCAUAAAUCGCCUAAGACACCACAUCCAUCGCCUCCACCACCAACCACUGAGAAACCUAUGCCAUCACCGCCAAAAGAAGGGAAACCACCGGUUGAUGCAAAACCACCUCCCUAUAAAUCGCCUAAGAUACCACAUCAAUCGCCUACUCCGCCACCCACAAAGAAGCCUAUGCCAUCACCACCAGUUGAUACUAUGCCAUCACCACCAGUUGAUGAGAAACCACCUUCCCAUAAAUCUCCUAAGACACCACAUUCAUCGCCUCCACCGCCACCCACAGAUAAGCCUAUUUCAUCACCUCCAGUUGAUGUGAAACCACCUUCCCAUAAAUCUCCUAAGACGCCACUUCCACCGCCACCCACAUCGUCGUCAAAUCAUUUGGUGAAAUCGUCGCCCGUACAGAAGGCUGCACAAGCUCCGCACCAUCCAUCACUGCCCAUACAUAAGCCUAGUCCAGCUCCGCACCAUCCAUCACCGCUAGAUGAGGGGAAAUCGUGGGUUAAUGUUAGAGACCCUCCUAAAAGUAAUUCAAAGCAUCACCACGUGAUGCCGCCAUCACCAUCCGUUUACUAA